AUGGCCGCCAUCCCGGAUUUCUACCGCUCCCAGAUCGGAGGCCCCUCCGUCAUCAGCUACAGCUACACGGAUUCGCCAUGGAGACUUCUCGCCUACGACACGGCCUGCUGCAUAAUGUACUCGUGGGCCAUGCCGUGGGUCGCCCUGCCGCUGUUCCCCUUCAAGUCGGCCAAGUUUGACGAGCUGUAUCCGACGCUUCCCAACAUCUGGUCCAUCUCGCUCCACCUCUUCAUCGCCGUCGUGCAGCUCGGGUUUCUGGUCUCGGCCCCCGCCGUCUCCACGUGGGUUCCCGCUCGGACUUUUGCCCUCGGCGUCGUCGUCUUCGUUGUGCUCAACACCCUGCUCUGUCGACUGCUCAACGGGCCCGCCGAGACGUUCCAUUCGGACGAGAAAUACGCCAAACCCCGUCCGGAGCAUUCCCAUGAGCAGUGGGUAUUCAUCAACGGCGUUGCGGUCGGGAAGCAUUGGAUGAAGCUGAACCUGAACCGCAUCGCCGUCACUUUUGGUCGUCCCGUCCUCGGAAUCCAUAAUAAGACAGCAGGCAUGAUCUUCGAUGUCUGGGAGUGCCUGGUCCAGCGCAACUUUGGCUACGCUACGAGCGACGUCCGCGCCACCUACAAGGUGCUCAAGGAGCUGCUGUAUAACCCGGAGAAGACAAAGGUGGUGCUCAUCCUGCACUCGCAGGGCGCCAUCGUGGGCGGCAUGUGCCUCGACUGGCUGCUCCAGGAGAUACCCCAGGACAUGCUCUCCAAGAUUGAGGUCUACACCUUUGGCAACGCAGCCAACCACUUCAACAACCCGCACCGCCGUGCCUUCUCUCUCAAGCUGACCGACAGCUGGCCCCGUGUGGCUAUGAGAACGCUCCUGAAGGAGACGAGUGUGGUCGAAUCCCCGACGGCAGCCGACCGCGCUUGUUCCACGGCGGCUGACUUGGGAUCUUGGAACGGCACAGCCGCCCGACCGCCGCCGCACGAUCUGACCCGCGAAUCCUCAGUCAUCUCGUCGUCGGCCGCCCAGGACCGCGCCAUCGGCCACAUCGAGCACUACGCCCACAGCACCGAUUUCGUCGCCAUAUGGGGGAUCCUGCAUUUUGCCACGAAGCACCCGCGCUCGCCGCUGAUCCCCCGCUUCAUGGGCCGCCUAUUCGUCCGCGCCCGCGGCGGCCACCAGCUGUGCCAGCACUACCUGGACGGCAUGUUCCCGCUCAGGCACGACCCGGUGACGGGCGAGCCCACGGGUGCCGACGAGGACAAUGAGUUCAUGGACGAGGUGGUCAAUGUUGGAAAAGAGGGCGACGCGCCCGACAAUAUCCGCGAGGCAUUCGACAUAACGUAUGCCGGCACCGACGGUUUCGGCUCCGGAGAUAUUACCACGCCCGUCGAGGUUCACGGCGUGACGGGGCUAGAGGAUCGCCGGGCCAGCAGGAGCGUCAAGUCCGCGUGA